AUGAGGAAACUGAUCCUUAUGGAGGCCCGAGAGCCUGGUCCCCAGCCCCCAGAGUUGCCCAAGACGCGGGGUAACUCCUCCUCGGGGACCCUCCCCCUCUAGGGAGCGUCAUUCUCCCCACCCCUGGGUCCUGACCCCGGCGGCUUCUCGGCCGCGUCGCGGCCACCUGCUGCGGAGCCAGGAGGGGGUGCCGUCCGCCGGCGCGUUGGUCCGUGCGCCCAGCGACCCAUGGAGCUGCCGGCCAAACAUGCCAGCUGCGGGAACGGUUCCCUGAUCAAUGCAUACUGCUCCUCCCAACAAGUACUGUGCCAGAUUGUGGGUGACCUUAACCCCGAGGUGCCCAACAAUAUCACCUUUCACAGCUGGCAGGAGAGAGUCAGGCAGAACUAUGGCUUCUACAUCGGUCUGGGCCUGGCCUUGCUGUCCUGCUUCCUGAUUGGCAGUAGUGUCAUCCUCAAGAAGAAAGGCCUCUUGCGGCUGGUGGCCACAGGGGCCACUCGAGCAGUGGACGGAGGUUAUGGCUACCUGAAGGAUGGAAUGUGGUGGGCUGGAUUUCUCACCAUGGCUGCUGGAGAAGUUGCCAACUUCGGGGCUUACGCAUUUGCUCCUGCAACAGUUGUCACACCUCUGGGAGCACUGAGUGUCCUCAUAAGUGCCAUCCUCUCCUCAUAUUUCCUGGGAGAGACUCUGAAUCUACUGGGAAAGCUUGGCUGUGUGAUCUGUGUGACUGGCAGCACAGUGAUGGUGAUACAUGCCCCCGAGGAAGAGAAGGUUACCACGGUCACUGAGAUGGCUUCCAAGAUGAAGGACACAGGGUUCAUCGUGUUUGCUGUGCUUAUGCUGGUGUUCUGCCUCAUCCUCAUCUUUGUCAUUGCCCCACGUUAUGGGCAGAGGAAUAUCCUGGUUUACAUCAUCAUCUGCUCUGUGAUUGGGGCCUUCUCUGUGUCUGCCGUCAAGGGUCUGGGCAUCACCAUUAAGAACUUCUUCCAGGGGUUGCCGGUCGUGCGACAUCCCCUCCCCUACAUCCUAUCCCUCAUCCUGGCACUUUCGCUCAGCACUCAGGUCAACUUCCUCAACAGGGCACUGGACAUUUUCAAUACCUCCCUGGUGUUCCCCAUCUAUUAUGUGUUCUUCACCACAGUGGUGGUUACCUCUUCCAUCAUCCUCUUCAAGGAAUGGCACAGCAUGUCUGCCGUGGACAUUGUGGGCACCCUCUCUGGCUUUGUCACCAUCAUCCUGGGUGUGUUCAUGCUUCAUGCUUUCAAGGAUCUGGAUAUCAGCUCGGCCAGCUUGCCCCACAUGCAUAAAAACCCGGCCCCAACACCAGCUGCCACCCCAGAGCCCACCGUCAUUAGACUGGAAGAUAAGAAUGUUCUUGUGAACAAUAUGGAACUCUCUAGCACCCCAUCUCCAGAAGAGAAGCCCAAAGUAUUUAUAAUCCAUUCUUAA